UUUUUGGCGAUCUCGUGAUCUCAUAGGCGUCGAGUGUCAUAUGCUCUAGUCAGUCCAGUGAACUUUUGGGCGGCUGUGGGGCUGUGGGAUUUUAAUACCAAAAAAAUGUCGGAAAGCGAAAAAAAGCCGCUGCUUGCUAAAGACAGUGAAGAUACAGAGACCAAAGUUUAUGUAGGAAAUCCAUGCGAUCCAAGAGGAUGUCUUCAUCGCUACUUUCCAGUUCUGGUCAUUAUGUGCUUUCUGAGUUUUGGAAGUUACUUCUGUUAUGACAACCCAGCAGCCCUGCAAGAUACUAUGAUCAAGGACCUGUCUCUAUCAGAAAGUCAGUUCAUGUUGCUCUACUCCUUGUAUUCCUGGCCUAAUGUCAUUCUUUGCUUCUUUGGAGGAUUUCUUAUUGAUCGAGUCUUUGGAGUGCGCAUGGGUUCCAUCAUCUUCAGCUUAUUUGUCACUGCAGGACAGGUGGUUUUUGCCUUUGGAUCACUUACAAAUUUAUUUUGGCUGAUGUGCCUUGGACGAUUCAUCUUUGGAAUUGGUGGUGAAUCAUUGGCUGUGGCACAGAACACAUAUGCAGUGAAAUGGUUCAAGGGCAGAGAACUCAACAUGGUUUUUGGGCUUCAGCUUAGCUUUUCUCGUGUUGGAAGCACUGUGAACAUGAACGUCAUGCAACCACUGUACAGCUAUAUUCACAAUUAUGCCAGCGGAUACAAGUGUUUGGGAAUAGCACUUUUUGUGGGUGCUGUAAUGUGCGUCUUUUCACUGCUGUGUGCAUUUGCACUUGCAUUCUUGGACAAACGAGCUGACCGCAUCCUUAAAAGGGCUGCUGUUGGAUCAGAUUCUAAAGAUGGUAGUGCAGGAGACCAAAUUCGUCUGUGGGAUGUGAAGCAUUUUCCCUUGACUUUCUGGCUGAUCUCAAUUAUAUGUGUGGCAUACUAUGUGGCUGUCUUCCCAUUUGUUGGACUUGGCUUGGUGUUUUUUGAAAUGAAGUUUGGACUAACACCUGAACAGGCUAAUAGUGUGAACAGUCUAGUGUACAUCAUCUCAGCUGUGGCAUCUCCAGUGUUUGGAUUUCUGAUUGACAAGCUUGGGAAAAACUUGUUUUGGGUCAUCACUGGUGUGACUGUCACCUUAGGAUGUCAUGGGCUGAUGGCUUUUACCUUUCUUACACCAUAUGUAGCCAUGGUGGUGAUGGGAUUGGCCUACUCUGUUCUAGCCAGUGCACUGUGGCCUAUGGUUGCCCUCAUUAUUCCUGAGAAUCAGUUAGGAACAGCUUAUGGCAUCAUGCAGGCGAUACAGAACUUGGGCCUGGCUGUUAUUGCCCUCGUUGCAGGUAUCAUCGUUGAUUCUAAAGGCUACCUUAUCCUAGAGGUUUUCUUCAUGGCAUGGCUGUGCUUGGCCUUGAUCGCUGCUGUACUUCUUUACCUGACAGAUGUUGCCAAAGGUGGAAAGCUGAAUAUGUCAGCAAAAGAGCGGCAUUCCCAUAAGGAGCUGAAAAAUGUUGCCGAGUCAGAUGAGUAAGGAAGAGUGCUAUCCCCUGUCAUGCUAGGAAAAUCGCUUAAGUGACAAGUUCUAGCUCAGUUUGCUGCUACAAUGUGCCAAAUGAUGUUUAAGUAUGAAUGAUUGAUCUGGUUUUCAGUGCCCUAGCACUGGUCAUACUGUCAAAAAAGGACAGAAAAUACUCUCUUUAACAUUUUCUGUAAUAUUACUCCGUUUAUACCAAAGCUUGAAAAGUUUGUGUGAGCUGUUCAUUUUGGGAUCAGAACCAAGUGACAAUCCUCACUGGGUUGAAAUGCAAGGUACAGCGACCUAAAAAUGGGCAACAAUCCUAGAGAUGAGCUACCUUGAUCUUCUAUGCAGUCUAAGAACAUCCAAAAAUUCAAUAAUGAAAAUGUAUAUAUUAUUCUACAAAUGUCUUAAAGCUAUUGAAUUUUAAAAUUGGAUUUAGAAUAUUAACAUCACACUAACAUAUACUUACAUGUUUUCAGAAGGGUGGAUUAAGUUUGAACAAUCAAGAUUGUAAGAAUGUGAUUCUUGUGUGUCAGCAUGGAAACAUUUUUUUUACACAUUCCAGAGUGAGUUGUUUAAACAUUUGUUAUUCCAUUUCACAAACUGCCUAUAGAUUUCAUCCAUUAAUUUACAGGCAUGCUUAUGAAUAGAAUCAUGGAGGUCUUGAAAUGUUUAUGCAUUAGUCUACUAAAACAGAUUAGGGUGAUGUGGUAUGCGCACAAAUGUUUUUGUUGUCUGGGACACUAAAUACAGGACUCUAGUAACCAAAGACCAUAUGCUCCUGAAGUCUUGUGUUUGAAGCUGCUGAAGUAUAAAAUAACGCAAAACAUGGUAUGUCAUUGAGGACAUAUAAAAUGAUAAAGGAGGCAGCACUGCCUUUUUUCUUGCUGCUGGUCGAAGGACUAUGGUAUCGCCCAUUUUAUAUUUGACAGACCUUUCAUCCAUGCCAUAAAUUUGUGCUGUUAUCUGUGAUGUGUCAAUUUUAGCACAGUCCUAGGAUGUAACCAUUGUCCUGCUUCUGACAUGAGGACUUCAUGACAACUAGAGUGUUAAGUGUAUCAAGACAUUACUGGGAGGAUUUUUCAUCUUAUAUACUAUAGCUUGUAUCUGGCGUUUGGUGUGUCAAGAUUGUAUGCCUUUCUUGAAAUAUUAAAUGGUUUGUGUUAUCUGACUUGAUUUUGUGACACUCUCCCUGUCUCAGUUGGAACUGUCACAGUCUGUGCAAUGACUUUUUACUUCUGUGUAUGUCCUCUGUAACAGAACUGGUCCCUUAUAGAGCAACUUUGAACAAGAAGAUUAAAUCUUAAUUGCAUAAGUGCAGAAUACUUGUGACAUGACGUUUUAACAGGGUCAUCUUUUAGUGAUAAAAAUAUUUCAGUGCUUCGUUAUGUCACAAAAUUUUCUUGAUGUAAUCACACAAACCCCUCACCCUUUUUCAUUUUUAACUUUUAGAAUUGUAAUUUUAAGAUGUUCUUUUGGUUUUAUGUAGAGAACUGGAUUUCUUUUUCAGUUUUUGUUUCGAUAUCCACAUUUUUGUUGACAGCUUUGUAUCAUUCUUCUUAUUUCUUUACGUCCUCAGUGGAGUAGAGGGCUGCAACUGCGCUACGCAAAGUUCGUGUUGCAGUUGCAGUUUCUGUAGCAGGGUGGUUGUUUUUUUUGUCAGGGUGGGGUUGCUAGCCUCACGCCCAACCCUCCUCUUUCAUCCAGGUUUGGGACCGGCAGGUUACCUGGGGGGUUUCCAGCCGGAGUUGCUUUUUAUCAUUGAGAUACCAUAAUUUCUGUUCCUACCUAUAAUCAAUUUCUGGGUAUUUUAUUUCUGGAUAACUUCUUUUCACCCCCAGGCGACUGAAAGUCAUUCAGUGAAUUCUGGAUAGGCAACUACUUAUAGUAUCUCACUCUUUUAUUUUAUUUUAUUUUUUGUCUUGUAAGGUACCCCUCAGACGUCAAGGGUAAGAAACAUGCCCAUUUUAUGUGGUUAUCUACAUGCGAGGCUUUGAAUAAAGUAAAAUAUUGAUCUUAUAUUGAUAUUUUUCAUUUUAACAGCAAAUUAUGUAAACUUUGUAAAUAGAGCCACUGUGUUGAAAUUUUAUUGACUGUCGUGAUAACCUGUUUUCAGCAGUUAAUAAGUUUCUCACUCACUCCCUGGCACUGACUCAAAAUGUACAGAUAUUUCUUUCAUUGUUCAUUUUCUCUUAAAUAUAAUCAGUUUUAAGCAUUUAUUUUGCUCUUUAGCCGUGGAGCAAGCAGGCUUGAUUUGGAGCACAAGUUUGGGUUAUAUUAGGUUCAGUUAUUUUAUCAAUUCUUUACGAAAAGCAAUGGUGGAAUGUAAAGAAACCAAAUUUUUUUGGAAAAACUCAAGACUAACUCUUGAAAAUAUUACGUGAGUGUCAGAGUAUAUGAAAAUAUUAUUUAUCAGACAUUUUUCUGUAUAUUUUGUACAUGCCAAAUGCCGAUAAAACAUUUUCAAAAAACAUUUAAAGUAAAAAAUAGACCAGUUCUUUGUAUUUGCUUUUUCAUUCUUUUUGAAAAUGA